CAUAAAAUCAUAUCUGGGGGAAAUGAUGAAAGUUCACUAAGAAACUUAAUAAUCUGCAAACAAAUUUCUAUUUUUUCGCUAUCAAACAGCUAUCCAAUUUGUUCUGGAAGUCAUUCUCCGGGAUUAGCUGCAGACAUGCAUUUCAAUGAUGACGUUAUAGCAUUUAUCGGACCAGCAUGCGCUUUUGCUUUGGAACCAGUUGCUAGACUCGCAGCUUAUUGGAACACGCCAAUUAUCACUGGAAUGGGUGAUCAGCCACCAGCAGAAGGAGAACUUUCAGUCACAAGCGGAAUUCUUGGUCGAAUAACACACAAGUGGAAAAAUGAAAGUUCGUUUUUCAAGGACAAAUCAAGAUAUUCAACUUUGACACGAUCAAGUUUUUGUCAAUGUCGUUUGAAGCUCGUUUUUGCCAGCAUCUUCAAGGAGUUUGGUUUCAAACACGUUGCACUGUUACUCGAUAGAUCUGAUUUAUUCUCGCUUACGGUAGGAAAGAAUUUAGAAUAUGGACUGAAGGAAAAUGGUUUAUUGAAGUUCGUAAGCGAACUUGAUGGUAAUGAACUUUUAUAUGAUGAUAAAGUAAACUCAUCAGAGAAUGAUAGACAAAUAAAAGAAAUGAAAUCAUAUCUGCAAGAUGCUUCAAUACAUGCUCGAGUUGUGAUUUUAUCUGUACGAGGGAGACUUGUCAGGAAAUUUAUGUUAGCUGCACAUCAACUUGGCAUGACGAAUGGAGAAUGGGUUUUCCUCGAUGUUGAAAUAUUUCAGAGCUCUUAUUGGGGUGAUCACAGUUGGGAAGAAGAUGAUGAUAAUGAUUUAACAGCACGAAAAGCUUUUGAAGCUCUCUUAAGAGUUUCUCUACUUCAACCAACGAGUCCCAAAUUUAAUAAUUUCUCCGAAAUUGUGAGGAAAAUUGCAGCGGAAAAAUAUGAUUAUCACUUUUUUGAAGGCGAAGAAGUAAAUUUUUUCAUUGGUGCUUUCUAUGAUGGCGUUUUACUACUUGGAAUGGCUUUAAAUGAAACGCUUAGCGAAGGUGGCGAUUUGCGUGAUGGAGAAGCAAUCACAAAGAAAAUGUGGAAUCGAAAAUUUCAAGGGAUAACCGGAAUGGUUCGAAUCGAUGACAAUGGCGAUCGAGAUGCUGAUUAUUCACUUUUGGACUUGGAUCCAGUGACAGGUCGUUUUGAAGUUGUUUCACAUUACUACGGAUCCAACAGAAGCUUAGUAGCUGUUCCCAACAAACAUAUUCAUUGGCCUGGAUCUCAUGAUGGACCACCACCUGAUGUACCAAAAUGUGGAUUCCUUGGAAACGAUCCAAAUUGUCAUACGAAUGAAACAAUCAUCUUAUAUGGUUUUCUAGCUUUUGCAUUCAUCUCGUCUUUAUGUUAUUUACUUUACAAUAAACGAAUGCAACUGAACAGUAUCCAUAACAUGGCAUGGAGAAUAAAACCAGAAGAAGUUUUAAUCGAAGUGGGAAAGCUUUUCGGAUCAAAAAUUGGACUUCAUAAGUUAAAUUACGAGAACUUUUCCCUGACACAAUUCGUUGUAAGCUCCCGUCGAGGUUCGAUUAUAAGUGGCGGAAGUACAGCACCAUCACAAAUGGUUACAACUGUUGGCGUUUACAAAGGCGAGAGAGUCGCGAUUAAGAAAAUUUUAAAGAAAAAGGUGGAAGUCAAUUCUACACUUUUAUGGGAAAUAAAGAAAACACGAGAUGUCAGUCACGAGAAUACUGUGAAAUUUAUAGGCGCUUGUAUUGAUUUACCUCGCCCUUAUGUUCUUAUUUUGACUGAAUAUUGUCCUAAAACUCUCAAAGAUGUUCUCGAAAAUGAAGCCAUUCAACUUGAUUGGAAUUUUCGUAUGUCAUUAAUCCAUGACUUGGUUAAGGGAAUGGCUUAUUUACAUAACAGCGACGUUAACAUUCAUGGAAAGCUUAGGUCAGGAAAUUGUCUGAUUGAUGGUAGAUUUGUGUUGAAAAUCUCUGACUUUGGGCUUAAGACUUUGGGAACGCCAUCAGAAUUUGUUAAAGACCAAAAUUAUUACAACAAAUUACUUUGGAUUGCGCCAGAACUUCUUCCGGUUGUCAUCAUUCCAGGAAUCCCAGCAACACAAAAAGGCGAUGUUUAUGCUUUUGCGAUAAUUCUAGAAGAGAUUGUCGUUCGAGGUGGUCCAUACCAAUCGGCAAGACAAUAUAUGAAUGUCACAGUCAUUUUAGAUCGCGUUGCUUCACAUGAGAAUCCACCUUUUCGUCCGAAUGUUGGAGAACGUGAUUGUCCACCGGAGCUCUUAGAUUUAAUGGAAAAAUGUUGGCAUGACAAUCCAGAUGAAAGGCCGAGUUUUGCAAACAUUCGAACAACUGUUGGAUGCAUAAUGAAGGGAUUUUGUGAGAAUCUCAUGGAUGAUUUACUUCGUCGAAUGGAACAAUAUGCAAACAAUUUGGAAAGUUUAGUCGAGGAAAAGACUGAACAGUUGAGUAUGGAAAAACGAAGAACGGAAGAACUUUUGUAUCAAGUUCUUCCUCGUCCCGUUGCCACAACAUUGUUAAGUGGUGAAAUGGUUCAACCAGAACAAUUCGAAAGUGUCACAAUUUAUUUUUCUGACAUUGUUGGCUUCACAAAACUUUGUUCGCAGUCAACCCCACUUCAAGUUGUUGACUUUCUCAAUGAUCUUUACAGCUGUUUUGAUAGAAUUAUUGGAUUUUAUGAUGUUUAUAAAGUGGAGACCAUUGGAGAUGCUUACAUGUGUGUUUCAGGUCUGCCCGAAAGAAAUGGUGAUGAUCACGUUCGAGAGAUUGGUUUGAUGUCUUUAGCUAUUCUGGAUGCUGUCAAAAGCUUCGUAAUCAAACACAACCCAGAAUAUAAAUUGAUGAUUCGAAUUGGAAUAAACUCUGGGUCAGUUUGUGCUGCUGUUGUUGGUCAGAAGAUGCCUCGAUAUUGUCUCUUUGGUGAUACAGUCAACACUGCGAGUCGCUUGGAAUCAACGGGAGAACCUUUGAAAAUUCAAGUUUCCAAAGCUAGCAAAGAAAUAUUUGAGAAAUUUGGAACAUUCAGAAUAGAACUGCGUGGAGAUAUUGAAUUGAAAGGAAAGGGGACUGUGACAACAUAUUGGCUUUUAGGAUGUACUGAAAAGGAUCCAAGGCAAGUUCUUAAGAAACUUUUAAGGCUUCUAAUAAACGUGUCUUUUCUUUGUAGACCUCCCACGCCAAUUAGAAAUCACGUUGACAAUGAAAUUAAUCCAUUUCCAAUCUUAUUCCCUUCAAUUAAAUGA